AUGAUAUGUGUAGCGAUCUGCGUUAGUUGUAUUGCCAUAUACAUCUACAGUGGAUUCCGACGAACAAAGAAGUCCUCGCCAAAGCUGUACUAUGGCAAAUCCGAUCUCCAUGAGUACAUUCUAAAUAACGUACCACGACUGAAAGAACCAUAUACCCCACCUUGGGGUCUGUGGAACAGACACGUGCAUACAAUUAUAUGUUGCUUUGAUCCCUUGCCUCCUAACUACAAGAGGGAAAAUAUACUUUUACCAGACGGUGGUCUCGUCUCUCUGGACUGGUUGGACAAUGAAGCGGGUCUUACGGACACAAGUCCUGUGUUGGUCGUAAUUCCUGGAGUAGGGGGAGGAAAAGAGGGCAUCAGCACAGUUUAUAAGCUUGCAACAGGGAAAUUUAGAGUAGCAGUAUUCAACAGGCGCGGCCAUUGUGGUACUUUACUCACAACACCGCGCCUCCAGUGUUUCGGGGAAACAAGUGACUUUCGACAGUGUGUUGAGUCUAUUCACCAGAAGUACCCCAAGGCUGCCAUGGCUGGCGUUGCUUACUCCGCAGGUACGGGGAUACUUAGUAAGUAUUUGGGAGAGUACGCUGGGAGGUCGUAUAUCGGGCCCUCUGUAUUCGUCGGGUCGGGAUUCGAUCUAUCGACACUUAAGAGCAUGAACACCAUCUAUGAGAAACUGAUACUGUAUUUGUUGAAAACCUCUUUGGUUAAACCGAACGAACGUAUGCUGAAGUCAGCUGUGGAUAUCGACGCUGUUUACAAGUCAAAGUCCAUUGAAGAACUGGAGGACCACCUUUACUGCAAAAUGCAUGGAUUCAAAGAUGUUGACGAAAUGUGGCUCCACAACGACCCAAUGCUUAACGCUGAUGCAGUUGUUGCCCCCGUGCUGUGUAUUAAUAGUAUGGACGAUCCAAUCUGUGUUGCGGGUAACAUACCUUAUGAUCAUUUCCAGCGGCCCAACUGGAUGUUGGCGACGACAGAACAAGGAGGUCACUGUGGAUUCCUGGAGAACUACAAGCUUGAGUCCUGGGCAGGGAAACUGGCUUUGGAUUAUAUCGGUGCUGUGUUGGACUAUAACAACACUAUGGAAGAGAAGGACAUCACCCUUGAGUGUUGA